GAAGAUCAGUGAUAUAAUAAGACCAAAAUGCCCCUCCCUAUUUGUUUUUUUUUUUUUUUCUUUUCUAAAAAAAAUCCUGAAAAAAGCAAUAUGCACUGCAACUAGCACAUCCUUUUGUAAUUACUAUUGUGUAUUGUGAUUGCGAAUACUACUGCUUUAGCACAGCAUCUCUCUGUCUCUCUGCAGAGAGAGAGAGCUCCAUAGCCCCCAAUAAUACCAAUCCAAUAAUCAAUCAAUACCUCGAAAUAAUGAGCAGCACCAGUAUUUCACCACCGGCAGAACAUGAAUGGGUUCGUGCCUAUCAAAAAUUGCUUCCUCAAUGGCAGUCUCUCACUCUCUCUCACCAGUCAAUAAUACCAAUUUCGAUAUCUAGAGUUAAUCAAUUUGAUGCUGCAAGAUUGGAUAUUGAAAUGUCAGCUAUGUUAAAAGAGCAAUUGGUUAAGGUCUUCUCUUUAAUGAAGCCAGGAAUGUUAUUUCAAUAUGAGCCAGAACUUGAUGCUUUCCUUGAGUUUCUUAUUUGGAGGUUCUCUAUUUGGGUAGAUAAGCCUACUCCUGGAAAUGCUCUUAUGAAUCUCAGGUAUAGAGAUGAACGCGCAGUGGAGCCCAGAGAAAAAGUCAGAACAGGUUUGGAAGGACCCGGACUUACAAUGGCUCAGAAACUUUGGUAUUGCAUUGCCACUGUUGGUGGCCAAUAUAUCUGGGCUCGUUUGCAGUCAUUCUCUGCUUUCCGUAGGUGGGGUGAUUCUGAACAGAGGCCACUGGCACGGCGAGCAUGGGUUUUAUUACAACGUAUUGAAGGACUUUAUAAGGCUGCAUCAUUUGUCAACCUACUCAUAUUUCUUUACACAGGAAGAUUUAGGAAUCUGGUUGAAAGAAUCUUAAGAGCAAGGCUUGUCUAUGGAAGUCCUAAUAUGAACCGAGCAGUUAGCUUUGAGUACAUGAAUCGCCAAUUGGUGUGGAAUGAAUUUUCGGAAAUGCUGUUAUUGCUUCUUCCUCUUCUUAACUCAUCAUCAGUUAAAAACUUACUAAGCCCAUUUUCAAAGGAUAAAUCCUCAAGUUCGACGGUAGAUGAUGGUACUUGCCCUGUUUGCCAGGCGACUCCAACCAUUCCAUUUGUUGCUCUACCAUGUCAGCACAGGUACUGCUACUACUGCCUUAGAACACGAUGUGCUGCAUCUCCAUCAUUCCGUUGUCCUAGAUGCAGUGAACCAGUGGUAGCUAUGCAGCGGCAUGGUGGUUUAGCCAGCCAACACAAGUCCUAGUCAAUGAAUAAUAGAGAACAGUAGGAAGAAAAUCACAAUAGCGUACUGUAAAAAGAAAAAAAGUGCCUGAAUUAGGCAUAAAUUAAAUGAAGGAACCAAGAUAUUUGUGGCCAAGUAUUAACUCCCAUAAUUGAGUUGGGAAUAUCAUUCUUUGUUAUCAUUCCGCAGUUAAGAAAUUCUUUCAUAAAUUCUUGAAAAGCUGAGCAGUUCUUUUCUGCUUGAUUGUGGAGUCUUCUUAAUCUACGGGGUUCUGUAAUAUUCUGUUCCAUGUAAAAGAACAAAUAAAGGCUAAUGUAACCAGAGGAUGAAAUCUUUAUCCAAGUGAUGACA